CUAGCCAAACGUGGCUACGUCCUCCAACACUACCCUGAAAAUGUUCUGAUGCCUGGGGAGAGACGCGCCACCCUUGCAAAGAGCAAGGGGAUACACGACCUUACGCUUCGUGAGUGCCAAAUCUUUGCCGAUGCCCUCAAGAACAAUUUACUCACUGUCAAAACCAUCACUGGCAAAGACGCCCGUGCAAAGCUCGUGGCCUCCCGUAGGCCUGUCAUCGUCGGGGAAGCGCCCGCACCUGAUUCCAACAACAGACGUGGUCGGCGUUGGUUUGCUAACGGUCGUCUUGAUAGGAGGGGU